UCGCCAUCGAAGCUAUCAAUCCAACCGAGAUCCUAACUGAACAUCUGCUAAUUAAGCGCGCAGCUCGCACGAUGGAAGCCCUCGGCAAGCGGAAGCGCGGCGGCGACGAUGCUGGCGGCGGCGGCGGCGGCGACCGGCUGAACGCCCUGCCGGACCACCUCCUCCACGAGGUCAUGUCCCGCAUGAAGGCCCGGCAGAUGGUGCAGACGUGCGCCCUCUCCCGGCGGUGGCGGCACCUCUGGCCCAAGGUCCCGUGCCUCGACAUCGACCAGCGCGAGUUCCUCCACGCCGGCCACGACAAGUUCGACGACUUCGUCUACUUCCUGCUGCGCGAGGUCCCCGUCGCCCGCCUGGACGCGUUCCGGCUGCACGCCAACGAGGGCUUCGACAAGGCCGGCCUCGUCGCCACCGGCGGCGCGUCGGCGUGGAUCCGCCGCGCCGUCAUGGCCAGCGCCCUGGCCGCGCCGCCACCUGCGCGCGACGGCGGGCCGACGACGACGAGCUCCUCCGGCUCCUGGCGCCUCAGGAGGCUGCACCUCUCCGGCGUGCGCCUGGAAGGGCCCUUCGCCGAGCACGUCAGGUCACGGUGCCCGUCCCUGGAGGACCUGGAGCUGAGGGCCUGCACGUGCCGGUUCCGCGCCAUCGCCUCCGGCUCGCUGGGGAGCCUGUCCCUGGUGCGCUGCGCGUCAGCGGCCAAGGAGUUCGCCGAGAUCUCGGCGCCCAGGCUGAGGAGCUUGGUUGUCGACCAGGGCUCCUCGAGCUCGAACGACGUCGCCUCGCCGACGCCGUUCGUCGUCACGGCCCCGGCCCUUGCUCGUCUGUCCCUGGUCGUGUCCCCUUACAACUUCCCCGGCGGCGUUUCCUUCGGCGAGAUGGGAUCCCUUGCCAGGGCAUCGAUUCAUCUGAAGGAACGGGAGACAAUGGCGAAGCGUGCGCACCACAGAAGCCAUCUGUUCAAGAUUCUUCGCAGCGUGUCGAACGUGACUAGUCUAGAGCUUAAUGGCUUCGACGUGACGGUGCCUGUCGAACCACCUUCAUAUCCAGAAUUCAAGAACAUGAGAGCCUUGAUACUGCGCAACUACGAUCCCGAUGGUAAUUUCCAGACAUUGGGACACUUUCUUCAGAGUUCACCUAUAUUGGAGAAGCUUACUUUGCAAUGUUGCAAGGAUACGAGGAAAAAGAAAGGAACCUCAAAGAUGAAGAACAUCGACCCAAACCUUAUGGACGUCCGGUGCGAGAACCUCAAGCUUACUGAAAUCAUAUACAAAGAUGACGACGUUGGCCAACUUGUCGAGUUUUUACUGCGAUUCUCAAGGAAUCUACCGAACAAUAACAUAAGACUAAUCAAGAUAGAUUGA